AUGCUCGCUCAAAAAGCUCUCACCCCUGCUGUCCUGCUCGCCAUCCUGCCCUUCUCCCUGGCAGCUCCGGCAUCUGACCCGUCGAGUGUUCUCGUAUCUUCAUCAGUCGCUGCCCCGAUCUCCUCCUCCUCUUCUAGCUCUGACGAACCAGCGCCUUCACUCUAUAUCCGGCUGGACCCUUUCUCUACCAUCCAAUCUCACAAUGACAACGAAGGAGAUGGUGACGGCCAGAAAAGAUCUUAUGGGCUGGACGGUCCUGGAGACAUUGCAUUCGCGUUCGGCGAUCCAGAAGAUUACACGGCGGAAACCUUUUGGGUGAGGUACUAUAAGACGGCAGGCGUCGAUCCUUCUGUGACUGGAAAGUUUGAGAUACCCGAUCCUACUGUCUGGGCCACAGGCAACCCUACUACUGUCGUACAAUGUGUCGCGACCGCCACUGCAAGCUCCAAAGAGGACGCGGAUGUCGUCCCCGUGCCCGGUCUCUCCACCACUACUGGAGCGUACCAAGUCAAAUGUUCUGGACUUGCAGAGUAG